AUGGCGCUGGCUGGACUCAAAGUGGUCGAAUUUGCAGGCCUCGCACCCGGUCCAUUUGCGGGUUUGAUCUUGGCGGACAAUGGCGCGUCGGUUACUCGCGUCGACAAACCCUCUACUUCGUCCCCAGACAUACUGUGCCGAGGGAAACGCUCGAUCGCAAUCAGUCCGAAGGUCCCAAGCGGCUUAGAGACUCUGAGAAAGCUGAUCAUAGCCUCCGAUGUUCUGAUUGAACCAUUCAGGCCGGGGGUCAUGGAAAGGUUAGGGUUGGGCCCAGAGGUGUUUCUCGGCGACGGAAAUAAGCCAGGUUUGAAUGAGAAACUGAUUUAUGCUCGUAUCGUCGGGCUGAUCGUCGACAAAUACGCCAGCUUUCCACGGACAGGUCCACAUAAGAAUAUGGCCGGCCAUGAUAUAAACUACCUUGCCCUCAGCGGCGUCCUCUCCAUGCUUCCUGGCCCACCGGACAAGCCCAGCUUCCCCGGCAAUAUUUUGGCUGAUUUCGCCGGAGGGGGUCUCAUAGGCGCGCUGGGCAUAAUGCUUGCAAUUCAAGAACUUGCGAAGACAGGGAAGGGCAAGGUGGUCAACAUUGACAUGGUCUCAGGCGUGCGAUACAUUUCGUCUUUCCCAUUACUCGCCGCCAUGGACCCCUCUGACUCUACGUUUGGCAAAGCGCGCGGAACGAAUGUUUUAGAUGGGGGCGCUCCAUUCUAUAAUGUAUACACCUGCAAGGACGGCCGAUGGAUGUCGGUGGGAUGCAUUGAACCGCAGUUCUUCGUAAUCUUCCUCUCGAAAUUCCUCCAGGCAUUGCCCGUCGGGUUUGCACUUGACGGAUGGCGGCCCGAACUAGAUAUCCAAGGAGACAGAUCACAAUGGGAUAAACUCAAAGCCUUCUUAGAGAAAGGCUUCAUGACUGAUACAAGGGAUUAUUGGGCAAAGGUCUAUGAAGGAUCCGAUGCCUGUACAUUGCCCGUCCUCUCUCGUGAGGAAGCAGCAGACCUCGACGCUUCACAUUCCCCCGUCCCCGUUCCUCAUCCACUUCUGAAGGCGCCCACGACAGCUCUACCAAAUCCCGAGACUAUACAGCCGGGAUCACAUACUCAUGAAAUUCUUUCGGAACUAGGGCUCAAUGAAAAGGAAAUCGUCCAGCUCGCCGCUGAUGGUGCUUUGGGGGACGACAUCAAGUUCCCCGUUCGUACAAAACUGUGA